AUGACUAAAGCCAACAAAACUUCAUCUCGAAGAGCAACUGUACCUAGUGAAAUCGUUGAUAGAAGACCUCUCACUGCCUUCAAUCGUUCUUCUACAUUUCCUUAUUCUCGAUCUCAAUCUGCUCGUAAUAAAACAAAAAAUACAAGCAAUAAUAAUCAUCAUUGUUCUUUAUGCGUAAAAGGUGAUGAUGAUGUUAAUUGUUUAAGCGCUAGAAUUAAUAGAUUAGAAGAGUUAAUUCAAAAUCUUAAUAUAACCGUCACUUCUACUCCGAAAGUUAAAAAUCAACCUAAUCCUUCUAAUUUGGCUCCCUCCACAAAUUCAUUACCUUUUGGCCCUAAUGCUAUUGAUUUUUCAAAAAUGGAAACAAAUGAAUUGGUCUCAUUUUCUACUCAAUUGGGGACUAUAUUAUUUGGUAAUCGUAAUGCUAAUAAUAAUAAAUCCAACGUUAUGAGCAUUAAUAAUAUCCUAGCUCAUUAA